AUGGCCACUGUGGACAACCAACUUCGAGACACGCAGCUGUAUCCUGAUCAACCUGGUGCCGGUGAGUGCACACCACGCAAGAAGGAAGCAGUGGAUCAGGAUGCUGUGCCAGAGACAGUUGAAGUUAAAGACAGCCAAGACGGCUUGCCCCCUGCAGAAGCCGCUGAAGGUGGAGGUGAAGAGCAGCCUGAUCAGGAAGCGGAGGAACCCGCUGAGGAAGUGCAACCUGCUGAGGAAGCGGCGCCAUCCGCUCCAAGUGCAGCCUCAGGACUGGCAGGCCAGGAGCCCAUGCCUGUUGAGCAGUUUGACUGGUCCACUUUGAAGAAGCUACCAGCCAACUACUGUGGAAGUUGCCGAAUGCCAGUCGAAGCAGAUCCCACCAAGAGGGUCACCAAGAAAGGGCAUGCAACGCUGAGUUGCAAGACGUGCCACAACGUCACGUCGAUGCUUUACAAGCGCAUCAACAUGCAGACCGUGGGCUUCAAGGACAUUCCACCUGCACAGGCCGCUGACUUCUUUCAGAAAGCUGGCCAGCUCUGUGAGAAGUACGGCAGACUGGAAUGGUCCCACGUCAAGGGACUGUUGCAGGACAAGCUGGUGGAGCAGGAGAUGCUCAAGCAGACUGUUGCUGUGCAUGGCAAAUUUCUGCCGUUGUCUGUUUGGGAGCAGAAGGGCUUCGACACCGAGCGCAUUAAGCAGAAUGCCGAGAAGCAGAGAAGUGACAUCUUCGAUUGGGUUUAUCGUGUGCCCAUCCUCGAGAUCAGCCACGAGAAAGUCACUGAAAAGGUUCGUCAGCGCUUGCUGCAAGCUGAGCGCAAGGUGGGAAAGCGAAAAGCCAGCCAGCAGAUGGAAGACGAAGACGUGGUGGACUUGGAGGUUGACACGAAGGCAAAGAGCAAGACGAAGAAGGUGCCCCAGGAAAAGAAGGAUGAAGCCAAGAAGGCCAAUGCGGUGUCCUUGGAAAUGCCAGGACGUGACUGCACGGAUGAUCUCGAGGCGGAGACGGAAGGGUUUCUGAAAGUGUUGAAGGAGGCAACGCAGUUCUACAUCGAUACUUUGUGUCAGAAGUCGACAAAUUUUACUGACUUGUUGAGGACUUCCACAAGCACUGAGCAUUGUGAUGCGGCAGUGCCAACAGUUUUUGUCUGA